AUGGGGGAGCCCCGGGGCCGGCGCCCCAGCUUCCUGGCGGCGGGGCUGCUGCUGCUGCUGCUGGCGACGCUGGCGGCGCUGGGCCUGCUCCACGCCCUCAGCACAGGGAAGCAGCCGCCGCUCCUCACUGGCCGGCUGGCCUCCAGGACAGAGAAGACGGCCGUAGAGCGAAGGCCCCGAGCCAUCCAGGGUCCCCAGGAGGACAAGGUCUGCACCAGCCCCGGCUGCGUGAUAGCGGCCGCCAGGAUCCUCAGGAACAUGGACCCGUCCGCGGACCCGUGCGAGGACUUCUACCAGCACGCGUGCGGGGGCUGGCUGCGGCGGCACGUGGUGCCCGGGACCAGCUCCCGCUACAGCGUCUUCGACAUCCUGCGGCGCGAGCUGGAGGUGGUGCUCAAAGGGGCGCUGGAGCACGCCGCCGCCAGGGACCGGCCCGCCGUGCAGAAGGCCAAGACGCUGUACCGCUCCUGCAUGAACGAGAGCAUCAUCGAGGAGCGAGACUCCCAGCCGCUGCUGGAGGCCUUGGGGGGGGUGGGCGGCUGGCCGGUGGCCAUGGACGAGGACGAGUGGACGGACACUGUGGGCCGCCGCUGGGAGCUGGAGCGGCAGCUGGCCGCCAUGAACGCCCAGUUCAACCGGCGCGUGCUCAUCGACCUCUUCAUCUGGACCGACGACCAGAACUCCAGUCGCCACAUCAUCUACAUAGACCAGCCCACCCUGGGCAUGCCCUCCCGGGAGCACUACUUCCAGGCGGGCAACAGCCAGAAGGUGCGCGAGGCCUACCUGCAGUUCAUGGUGUCGGUGGCCUCCAUGCUGCGGGCGGACAUGAGCCUGCCCGGGGGCCGCCGCCGGGUGCAGGAGGACAUGGCCCAGGUGCUGCGGCUGGAGACCCAGCUGGCCAACGCCACGGCCCCCCAGGAGGAGAGGCAUGACGUGACGGCGCUGUACCACCGGAUGCCAGUGGCCGAGCUCCAGGGCAGGUUCGGCCUGAAGGGAUUCAACUGGACGCUCUUCAUACAGUCCGUGCUGUCCUCCGUCCAAAUCCAGCUGCUGCCCGACGAGGAGGUGGUGGUGUACGGCCUCCCCUACCUGCAGAGGCUGGACGGCAUCAUCGGCGACUUCUCCGACAGGACCAUACAGAACUACCUGGUCUGGCGCCUGGUGCAGGAUCGCAUUAGCAGCCUGAGCCAGCGGUUCAAGGACGCCCGUGCGAAGUACCACAAGGUGCUGUACGGCAAGACCAUGGAGGAGGUGCGCUGGCGGGAGUGCGUCAGCUACGUCAACAGCAACAUGGAGGGCGCGGCGGGCUCGCUGUACGUCCGGAAGGCCUUCUCCAGAGACAGCAAGAGCGUGGUCGGCGAGCUCAUCGGCAAGGUGCGCGCCGUGUUCGUGGAGACGCUGGACGAGCUGAGCUGGAUGGACCAGGCCUCCAAGAAGAAGGCCCGGGAGAAGGCCAUGAGCAUGAAGGUGCAGAUCGGAUACCCCGACUACAUCCUGGACGAGAGGAGCAAGCACCUGGACAGGGAGUAUUCCAAUCUCAACUUCUCGGAGCACCUGUACUUCGAGAACGGCCUGCAGAACCUCCAGGCCAGCGCCCAGCGGAGCCUCAGGAAGCUGCGCAAGAGGGUGGACCAGAACCUCUGGCUCAUCGGCGCCGCCGUGGUCAACGCCUUCUACUCGCCCAACCGGAACCAGAUUGUGUUCCCCGCGGGGGUCCUGCAGCCCCCCUUCUUCAGCCGGGACCAGCCGCAGGCCUUGAACUUCGGCGGCAUCGGCAUGGUGAUCGGGCACGAGAUCACCCACGGCUUUGACGACAACGGCCGGAACUUUGACAAGGAGGGCAACAUGCAGGACUGGUGGAGCAACUUCUCGGCCCAGCACUUCCAGGAGCAGGCGGAGUGCAUGGUGCGCCAGUACGGGAACUUCUCCUGGGACCUGGCCGAGCAGGAGCACGUGAACGGGUUCAGCACCCUAGGGGAGAACAUCGCUGACAACGGAGGGGUGCGGCAGGCAUACAAGGCUUACCUCAAGUGGAGAGCGGAGGGCGGCCGGGACCAGAAGCUGCCAGGCCUGGACCUGACCUUCGACCAGAUCUUCUUCCUCAACUACGCUCAGGUGUGGUGCGGCUCCUACAAGCCCGAGUUGGCCGUGCAGGCCCUCAAGACGGACGUCCACAGCCCCCUCAAGUACAGGGUGCUGGGCUCCCUGCAGAACCUGGCCGCCUUCUCGGACGCCUUCGGCUGCGCGCGGGGCAGCCCCAUGCACCCGUGGGUGCGCUGCCGCGUCUGGUAG